AUGACUCAGCCAACACCGCGAACUGGACGUUCGCAGUGUUCACAGAUAGAAACAAUGACAACAAGAAUCAAGACCUCACAUUCGUGCCUUUCAUUUUGCAUUGAACUAACCUUACGUAUACGUAAAUUAAGGCCAAUCGACACAAUUACAAUUUCUCUUGAAUUUAAAUUCAUUUACCUCAAUUUGAAGCGCCACAGGCCUCUGCGGAUGUCGACCAAACUCUUUAAUGCAGGUUAG